AUGGGCCACGACAAGAUAUCGCCACUUCCUCCAAACUUUGUCUUCUCUCCACACGACAAAUUCUACUAUGCACCAGCCACAUGUAACUCAAUGCAUUACACAACAGCCGCCUAUAUUUCCGCAUUUAUCGAAUUCAUUGUGAUGGGAACUGGAGCUGUUUGUUUUUAUGUGAUGAGCCACAAAACGGACACAAUCGAGGUGUGGAUGUUCUAUAUUCAAGCAUUCAUUGUUGUCCUGUCAGUUCUCUCUUCCAUUUUGAUGAUGAUUGGAUUGUGGAAAGAGAAACCAAACUUGUUCAUUUCCAAGUUUGCCUUUAUUUGGAUCGAAAUCACGUUCCUCUUGUUCUGGGCUGGAAUUUCCGUUCUUUGCAUGUCAAUCGGCAUUGAUUUCACCCGUGCAGCAUUCGGCCACUUCGGAAAAGUGCUUCAAAUCGAGAAAGAUUACGGACCAAUCUGGCCAUUCAACGUGUCCGUCGUCUCAUUCUUCACUGCUGCCAUUGCUAUUUGGACCCGAAUCAUCGUCCAAGGAGCCUAUGACUACCUUCUUGAUAAGGAUUAUUUUGCCGAUAAGCUGAAUGUUGAACUGAGAGAGUCAUCGAAGACUAGAUAA